CACCUCGCACAGACAGUCAAUGGAGUCGAGCGGUCACAGCGACGCAGUUACAUUAAUAACAAACCACGUAUUUCUCGUCCAGGGCAAAAUUUGGAGCUGAAAACAAAAGCACGACACACUGAAAUUGCAUUUAUUUAUUUAUAAUGGUUAAGUAAGAUUUUUUAACAUUUAAGUUUCGAUCGUAUUCGUGUGUUUUGUUUCGCUGAACCUUCCCGUGGCAGGCCUCGUUUCGAACACAGAAGGCCUUGGCUAGCUAGCUGUCGGUACGUUUUCUGCACAGUAACUGUCUCAGCUAGCCAGCUACACGUUUAUUUUCAUAAGACGAGUGUGCAAUCAGAUAUUGUAACUGCGAAUAUGGCGGAUCAGAGGGCCGUGGUAAUGCAACAGAUUUUGGACAGGAGCUGCUGGGUGUGCUUUGCCACAGACGAAGACGACCGCACAGCAGAAUGGGUGCGGCCGUGUCGCUGUCGGGGGUCCACCAAGUGGGUGCACCAGGCGUGCCUGCAGCGCUGGGUGGACGAGAAGCAGAGGGGCAACAGCACCGCCCGCGUGGCCUGCCCACAGUGCAAUGCCGAGUACCUCAUCGUCUUCCCCAAGCUGGGUCCAGUGGUCUACGUCCUGGACCUAACUGACCGUCUCAUCUCCAAGGCCUGUCCCUUUGCGGCCGCUGGCAUCAUGGUGGGCUCCAUCUACUGGACUGCGGUCACUUAUGGAGCCGUCACAGUCAUGCAGGUGGUGGGCCAUAAGGAGGGUCUGGACGUGAUGGAGCGGGCAGAUCCUCUCUUCCUGCUGAUUGGCCUGCCAACCAUUCCGGUGAUGCUCAUUCUGGGGAAGAUGAUUCGCUGGGAGGACUACGUGCUGCGGCUGUGGAGGAAGUACUCCACCAAGCUUCAGAUCCUCCAGCUCAUCUUCCCCGGGAUUGGCCGCCCUGUCCCCCGGAUCCCGGCGGAGGCCAGCCCCCUGGCGGAUCACGUGUCGGCCACGCGUAUCCUGUGCGGCGCCCUGGUCUUCCCCACCAUCGCCACCAUCGUGGGCAAGCUCAUGUUCAGCAGCGUCAACUCCAACCUGCAGCGGACCAUCCUGGGGGGCAUUGCGUUCGUCGCCAUCAAAGGCGCCUUUAAGGUCUACUUCAAACAGCAGCAGUACCUGCGCCAAGCCCACCGCAAGAUCCUCAACUUCCCGGAGCAAGAGGAGGCCUGAGUAGCGCCCCCUGCUGGACUGUUGACCUGUAAUACCCAUGUACCCUCUCCCCUGCAGCCCCCUUACUCAGCUCUCUGUCCUGUGGAGUUUAUUGUACGCUGCUGGUACUUUACUAUCAUGAUUCUUACUGUUAGGAUUAUAUUUUAAAAUCUUAAAGAAUUGAGAUGUGGAGACAUGCACGCACACGCUGACAGACGCAGA